AUGGAACUAGAGCCCAGUCUUUUUGGUAUAAUAGAGGCAUUGGCCCCUCAAUUAUUAUCGCAGACUCACUUGCGGACAUUUGUAUCCGAUGUUGUCAAUUUACUACGAUCAUCCGCCAAAUCAGCAACCCAAUUGAGCCCUUUAAUUGACUUUUACAAGUUGCAAUCACUGGACUCGCCUGAAGUGACAAUUAUGUGGCAUAAGAUUGAGAAGUUUCUCGAUGCUUUAUUUGGAAUUCAGAAUACCGAUGAUAUGGUGAAGUAUCUCUCUGUUUUUCAGUCUUUGCUUCCACCAAAUGAUAGGGCAAAAAUUUCCCACACAUCAAAUGGGCUCAAUAAAGAGAACCUGACUAACCAUGAACAUUUACUCAGCCCAGCGCGGGCUCCCAGUAUAUACACAGAAGCUUCAUUUGAAAACAUGGACCGAUUUUCCGAAAGAAGGUCAAUGGUUUCUUCGCCUAAUCGUUAUAUUCCCUCUUCAACUUACAGUUCUGUUACUUUAAGACAGUUGUCAAAUCCCUACUAUGUCAACACUAUACCUGAGGAAGAUAUCCUAAAAUACGUGUCAUAUACAUUAUUGGCUACGACAUCUGCACUAUUCCCAUUUGACCACGAGCAAAUACAAAUUCCAUCCAAGAUACCCAACUUUGAGAGUGGACUCUUACAUUUAAUAUUUGAAGCAGGUUUAUUGUAUCAAAGUUUGGGCCAUAAAGUGGAGAAGUUUAGGAUGUUGAAUAUAUCUCCAAUGAAAAAGGCAUUGAUUAUAGAAAUUUCAGAAGAAUUGCAAAAUUACACAGCAUUUGUGAACAACCUGGUCUCUUCGGGGUCAGUAGUGUCAUUGAAAUCGUUAUAUCGUGAAAUAUACGAAAAUGUGAUAGAGCUUCGAAUAUACUGUAGGUUUACAGAACACUUUGAAGAAUUGAGUGGAGAUACAUUCUUGAUUGAAUUAAAUAUUUUUAAAUCCCACGGAGAUCUUACUAUAAGAAAAAUAGCAACUAAUUUGUUUAAUUCAAUGAUUUCCCUCUAUUACGAAUAUUUGAUGAAUUGGUUAACCAAAGGUCUCCUACGAGCUACUUAUGGUGAGUUCUUUAUCACUGAAAACACGGGUAAAAAUGGUACUGACGAUGAUUUUGUUUAUCACAUCCCCAUAGAGUUCGACCAAGAAAGAGUGCCGGCUUUUAUACCGAAAGAGUUAGCAUAUAAAAUAUUUAUGGUCGGCAAAUCGUAUAUUUUCUUGGAAAAAUACUGUAAAGAAGUUCAAUGGACAAAUGAAUUUUCUAAAAAAUAUCAUGUACUGUACCAAAGCAAUUCUUAUAGAGGAAUAUCUACGAAUUUUUUUGAAAUUAUAAAGGAUCAAUAUUCUGAAAUCGUUGAUUAUACCAAUCAUGUUCUAAAUCAAAAGUUUCAUUACAGAGACGUGGUGUUUACAUUAAAAAAUAUUCUUCUUAUGGGCAGAUCUGAUUUUAUGGAUGCUCUAAUUGAAAAGGCUAGUGAUAUUCUUGCAACACCAUCGGAUUCAUUACCAAACCAUAAGCUAACGAGAUUUUUACAGGAGGCUGUACAGCUUUCUUCUUUAAGACAUCUAAUGAAUAGGUCUGGUAAUAGUUCCGUCAUUAAUGGGUUAGAUGCGAGAGUACUCGAUCUCGGACAUGGGUCGGUAGGUUGGGAUGUUUUUACUUUGGAUUACAUACUCUACCCUCCUUUGAGUUUAGUAUUAAACGUAAAUCGCCCAUUUGGUAGAAAGGAGUAUCUAAGAAUUUUCAAUUUUUUAUGGAGAUUUAAAAAGAAUAAUUAUUUUUAUCAAAAGGAAAUGUUGAAGAGUAAUGAUAUCAUCAGAUCAUUCAAGAAAAUCAGGGGUUACAACCCGCUCAUCCGCGAUAUUAUCAAUAAGCUUUCCAGAAUCAGCAUACUUAGGACUCAGUUUCAGCAAUUCAACUCCAAGAUGGAAUCUUAUUAUUUGAACUGCAUUAUAGAGGAAAAUUUCAAAGAAAUGACCGGGAAACUGCACCGAACGGAAAAUAAAAGGCAAACUCAAUUCGACUUAAUUAGAUUGAAGGACGGUACUAUAGAAUUAAAUGGAAUUUUACCGCCAAAAGUUGACGUACUAGCAAAUUCUUCUGGCAGUAACCCUCAAAGACACAGGGUUGGAAAGAGACUUAAUAUUGAUGAAUUAGAAAGUGCACAUAAUGCUUUCCUGGUGAAUAUUCUUUCUCACAAACUUUUUGCAACUAAUGCAAGUGAAAUAAACGUUGGUGAUUAUUCCGGACAACCAUAUCCAACUUCGUUGGUUUUACUUUUAAACUCGGUCUACGAAUUCAUCAAUGUUUAUUGUACCUUGAACGAGAUUGCGUACGAAAUUUUUAUCAAAAUGAAUCUCAACGACCACGAAGCCUCUAAUGGGUUAUUAGGAAAUUUGAAUACAAUUUUGAAGGAAGCCGUCGACCAGUACAAAAAUUUCAAAGACAGACUGUAUAUCUUUAGGGCAGAUUUAAAGAACGAUGGCGAUGAAGAGCUUUUUUUAUUAAGCAAAUCAUUGCGUUAA